AUGACCAACGCAAUGCAAAGGCGAUUUUCCGGAAUUCCAGAAAAAGGGGGUCGCAGAAUCAUCAUAGCUGUAGAUGGUUCUGCUAAUGCAAAAUAUGCUUUCCGAUGGUAUCUUAAACAUUCCAGAAUGCCAGAUGAUGGAGUGACAUUUCUGCACAUUUUUGAAGCCCCCUCAUUGACCGCAUUCAGUUUAAACAGUCUCGGAUCCGUGCCUGUAGAGGAAUGGAACAAGAAACUUCGCGAAAAGGUGGAUAAAGUGAGACAACUUGAGGAGGACUACACUGCAGAAGGUCAAGCAGCGGCCUUGAAUUGUGCUUUCCUCAGUAAACCUGCCGAAAAGAUAGGCGAAGGUAUCAUCCGCGCAGCUCAGGAUAUGCACGCGAAUUUGAUUAUCAUGGGAACUCGUGGCCUUGGGGCAGUUUCUCGUGCUCUUCUUGGCAGCGUGAGUGAUUUUGUCAUCCAUCAGGGCGUUGUACCUGUUACUGUGGUACCUAAUAGCAAUCCCAACUAA